CUAGAUCCUUCUUAUUCACAAACCCUUGUGCUUAUUAGCUUCUUCACCUUCAUCUUCCCCAAUUUCUUCUCUCUCCGCUUUCGUUUGUCUAUGUCGUGAUAAGUGAAAAACCUUUAGGGCAUCUACAAAGUCUGAAACUUUAUCAGUAACUGGGUGAGAAUUUGUGAAAAUGGCAUCGGGUGAUUUCGAGGAUGAAGCUGAAGGAACUGUAACUAUCAAUGAAUAUAUCGAAAGCCUUGACGCAGAAGAGCUGGCAGCGGAUUUGGUGUUGGGUGGAGAUGAGGGAGAUGAGUGUACUUACCCUAAGGGUUACAUGAAAAGACAAGCAAUCUUCUCAUGCAUUACAUGUACACCAGACGGGAAUGCUGGAAUUUGCACUGCUUGUUGCUUAUCUUGUCAUGAUGGCCAUGAGCUUUUGGAGCUGUGGACUAAGAGGAAUUUUCGAUGUGAUUGUGGGAACUCAAAGUUUGGAACUUUGGCGUGUAAGCUUCUCCCGAGCAAAGAUAUAGAAAACUCUGAGAAUUCUUACAACCAUAAUUUCAAAGGCUUGUACUGCACUUGCGACCGACCGUACCCUGACCCAAAUGUGGAAGAACAAGUGGAGAUGAUUCAGUGUUGUCUUUGUGAGGAUUGGUUUCAUGAGGAGCAUCUCGGUCUCAAACCUUCAGACAGUGUUGGUAGCCAGAUCCCAAAGGAUGAGGAAGGCGAACCGAUCUAUGAGGAUUUCAUUUGUCAAAACUGUUCCCCAGUUUGUUCGUUUCUGACACUUUAUCCUGAGAAAUUGUGGGUUGUUGCUAAAGUAGAUUCCACUGGUUCUGCUAAUACUUGUUCAGAGACAACUGAGUCAAACAAAACCCACAUGGAUUCUGAACCCGGCCAGCCAGAGAAUGGUGCUGAUGCUGAGAAAUCUGUUGUAGGAAAAUGUUCUGAGAAGAUCGAUGACUCUGAACCCGGCCAGCCUGAGAACGGCACUGAAGCUGAGAAAUCUGUUGUGCGGAAAUGUUCUGAGAAGAUCGAUGAAUCUGAAGCCGGCCAGCCUGAGAACAGUACUGAAGCCGAGAAAUUCGUUGUGCGAAAAUGUUCUGAGAAGAUCGAUGACUCUGGACCCGUUCCUGCAACUGGUUGCGUUAUUAGGACUGAUCUAAACUUGUGUCCUGAGUUUGAGAAGAAACCUUUGUUUUUGACCAAAAACUGGAGGAAUAUCCUAUGCAAAUGUGAAAAGUGCCUUGAGAUGUAUAAGCAGAGAGGGGUAAGCUAUCUACUUGAUGCAGAGGACACAAUUGUAGAAUACGAGAAGAAGGCGAAGGAGAAAAGAACAGAGAAACUGGAGAAACAAGAAGGAGAAGCACUUGAUCUUCUGAAUAAUCUCGACCACGUAUCCAAAGUUGAGCUCCUUCACGGUAUCAAAGACUUCCAAGACGAACUCCAGGGUUUAAUGGAGUCUGCUGGGCCGUCAAAGGCGAUAACGGCUGCAGAUAUCGAGCAAAUGUUUUCAAAACUGAAGAACAAACGUAGAAGGAUGGAGUGAGAGGAGUUAUGAGAUUUAAGGUAGUAAAUCUUUCUUUUGGCAUCUCAUGUUAACUCUCUUUAGAUAUGUUGUUUCGUUGGUUUGAAAUGAGGAGGUUUUCUCGUUCCUCUGCUCUUGUCUGUCUUUAGUUUCCUAAGUUAUGCAACCAACUUUUUACUUUAGUGUAUGAAGUUUGUAGCUUAUGAAACAGUUGACUAUUAUAUAUAAUAAGCUACUAGUUCUAGA